AUGUAGGCCAAAAAAGAGUCCGGGGAGGGGCAGUGGUCACGAUACGCGUGACAACGAGCACGUAAUCAAUUUAUUGUGUAACACGUAUUGAGGAAUACGCUAGUACUGAGUGUCACGUGUUAUUGACAUCACGCUCGCCAUUCGAAAUGAGCGGCGAAACCGAAUGGCAGGGAUGCAAAUUUGAGACCGCCUCGUCCCAGACCAUCGGCGCAGUGCUGGCGCAUGAUGACAUUGGCAAAGCUGGUGGCUGUGACCUUACAGCUGCGGGCACGGAAGCAGGGAUGGGCUCCAGCGGCGGACUGGCGCUGCUGUCUGCGGCAGUGGGCGGCCUACUCCUGCUGCUGGCGCUGGUGCUUGAUCGCGGUGUCAGCAAGGUGGACGGGGCCGUGCAGUACAUACGUGCAGGCAUUUAUCGCGCACAAUGACCCACACCUGGCAGGCACCUACAAGACCAUCCGCGGACUCGGGUUUGUACGCAGCGUUCGCAGCGUGCCCCGGCAGGUCAGGCUAUUAUCGUGGGCAAUCACCUUCAGCCACAGACGGUGUGGUGUGGCAUGGUGUGGUGUUUAAUCAGGUCGAUGUCCCGUUUCCAUGCAUAUGGAUUUGCAUUAUUUGUUGCCUAGCAUCUUUGCCGUACGUAACUGUACAGCAGGGGGCUCGCAAUGGUAGGCUGCCCUUUCCCAUGUCCGCAAUGGUUGCACGUUAGGAUGGUUGCAGACUAAUGUGUUAGGUUGCGUCAUAAGGACUAGUGCACUUGCGGUUUGCCGUGCACAAGCAACACAGCAACCGCGCGCACACGCACGAGCACUUCAUCGCUUAACGCAGUCGGUGACGAGUCGUGCACUGUGGUCAUGUAGUGCUGCUUGAGUGGAGGAGGCGGGCGUGCGGCCGAUGCGGGGGCGCAGGUUGUAAUUGUUAUGGAUA